AUGUAUACAACAUUAACUUCAGCAUUAUCAGAACCAUCUAUCGUUUUUCGUACUUCAAAAAAAUCAUCUAUACCUAUAUCACCAUCUCCAUCAACUCAAUCAAAUCGUUUUGAUUGGAAUUAUUCGAGACAAAGUAGUAUACAGGAAAAUUUAAACAAAAUUGUUUGGAAUAUACGUUCAUCUGUAAAUAAUAUAGGAACUAUUAGUAAAAAAAAUCUAAAAAUAGCAGAAUAUGAAGAAAAAUUGCAUGGGCAUCAACUUUAUUUACUAUCCGAAGAAAAACAAGACGAUGCUAUUUAUCGAAUAUACUUAAAACGUGUUCGACAAAAAAUUGAUUCAGAUGAAAUUCAACAGAGUCACAAUUCAUCGACUGCAACGUCGUCUGAUGGCUCACUGUUAUAUCAUACCGUUAAAGUUGUUCAAUUAAAAGCAGGCACUUUAGCAAAAAUUGUCGAAUAUUUAACAAAUGAUCAAGGAGAAUUGGAUUCAACCCACAUGCAUACCCUAUUUUCAACAUAUAGAAGUUUUACAGAUCCAUUAACGUUAUGUGACGAAAUUAUACAAAGGUACAAAUUAAUUGUUCCCGCUACAUUGGAUAUGACAGAAGAUGUUCGACAGAAAAGUCUCAAGAAUAUUCGAUUAUCACUGAAUUGCCUAUUAACAACGUAUAAAGAGGAUUUUCGUGAUGCCCCAUGCUAUACGUGUCUUCGACGUCUACUGGAUUUUUCAAAAGCAGUUAAUGAUAAAGAAUUAAAUAAACAGUGUCAUACAUUAUUAGAAAAAUUUAUCGAAGAUGAAGAUAGAAAAUCAAAUUCAGGAAUAACAGCUGACGAAUCAUUUUUACCAGCAAAAAGUUCUGAGACGAAUGGUGGAUUAUAUGGUGUACACGGUUAUGAUUAUGUGAUGCCAUGGGAAUUUAUUGAUAUUCCAAAUUCAUUGUUUGCUGAACAACUAACUUAUGUUGAUGCUGAGUUAUUAAAACGUGUAUUACCAUAUGAAUGUUUAAGUAUUGAUAAAAGAUGUCUAUCUAAAACUCAUCGUCAAUUAUCCACGGUAGCUGCUACCAUUGAUCAUUUUAAUUCUGUUGUGGGUAGAGUUAUAGCAACGAUUCUAAAAGAUAGCUCAUUAGUACAUUUAAAACGAGCGCAAAUUAUUGAAAAAUGGAUCGAUAUUGCACAAGAAUGUCGAAAUUUGAAAAAUUUCUCCUCAUUAACAGCCAUCUUAAAUGGAUUAUCUGCCGGAUGCAUUCAUCGAUUACAACACGCUUGGGAGUCUGUUUCGAAAUCGAAAAUGACGAUAUUCGACGAAUUAAGGACAGUAUUUGGUAGUUGUGCCGACAGAAAACAAGCAAGACAAAUAUUAAAUAAGCUCUUAGACGACAUUCGUUUGGCUGAUUGCAGAGCGGUGAUUGGUACCGUUCCUUAUUUGGGUUUAUAUUUGAGUGAUUUAACUUAUGUUGAUUCAGCAUUUCCGAAUCAGAUCGAACAGUUGAUAAAUUUUGAGAAGCAUCGAAAAGAAUUUGAAAUAUUGGCUCAAUUGAAAUUAUAUCAAUCAGCUGCCAACUCUUAUCGAAUUAUGCCCAUAAAAAGGUUUAAACACUGGUUUGACAAUGUUAGAACAUACACAGAUUCGGAAAGUCCACACCUUCGCCGCCCACCAUCUGUUAUAUCGUUGGAUUCACUUCCUCAUUCGACUUCAAUUCGUUCAUCACCAAGUUCAAUGAGUUUAGACAAAAUGAGUACAAAUUCAACGAAUUCAUUGCCAAGAAAUAUAUUAAGAACGGUAGUUCCAAGUCAUUCUCGUUCGUCCUCUGCUUCCAGUUUUUUAACAUCAGGUAGUUGCUGUUCGUCACCAACUAUUGAUGAGUUUAUUGUAGCUAAAAUCCGUAACAAUGAACGAACAAGUAGCGUAUUGAAAACUGUAUUGGAGAAAUUUGGAUUAAAUCCAACUGUUUAUGAAAAUUACUGUAUUGAACAACAAUUACCAGAGAAGAAAAUUGUCAUACCUGACUAUUGUAAUGUAUUUUAUGCUAUUGUACAAAAAGAAAACCAAAGUAUCCAGUUAACUGUACGUGAAAAAACGAGACAAGAAAAAGAUUUGAGUCAAAAGCAACAACAACAACGACAACAAUCACUGAAUGACAAUCAACAUCAUUCUCGGACACCAUCUGGAUGGAGUAUGACGUCUGCUCAGAGUAGGUAAAAGCAAAUGAUAAGUUUACAUUGAUACCCAGAUUAGAAUUAAGUUUUGCUAAUCGUAAAACAAAUUCGUUAUUGUAAAUAUUUCAAAAAAAUUUAUUUAUUUUUAUCGCAUUGGAUGUUUUAUAUCCUUCAACUUUUGUUAAAAUUGUUCGUGUUGUUUUUUCGUGUUUGACAUGUUCUACUACUGUUAUUAUCUCAGUGAAUAUUUUUGCUGUCUUCCAGUUGCGCAACAUAUACAUUCUCUUUUCUUUUUUGGCAAAAUCUAUGAAAAAAAACAACACCAUUUUUCUCUGCAAAAAGAAAGGUGUGCACUAUUUUUGUGCAAUGGAUUGCAAUAUAAUUUGUUACUGUUCUUAUAGAUCUGAGAAAAUCUCCAUCUCGAGAACAGUUUAUCCGUACAUUUUACUAACAGUACACUCGACAUUUUUUUUUAAUUAAUCCUUUUUCUGUUUUUGUCGAGAUUUUUUAUCCAAGUGUUGCCAUAUAGUUUUUUAAUAAUACUUUUUUUGGUCAUAUGACGAGGGACGGACGUCACUCUGAACGAAUUUUUAUUGGCAAGAUUUUUUUUGUUGAAAAUACUGCUUUAUACACAGAAUAUUUGAUAAAGAAAAAUCCUAAUCUAAUUUUCUUUUUUAUUUUCUAAAAUUUUUUCUCUUAAGAACUUAUAAAAUUGUAAGAGUUUCUUGCAAGAACUUUCUAGAACUGAAGUGUCCUCAUUAGUAGAAUAAAAUACGCAUAAACAUAAACGAAAGUAGUGUGAUUUCUUAUGCUCUUUGUGUCUAAUGUGCUUAAACCGUAGAUAGUCAUAUUUCAUUAACCAUAUAUUGUGAUCAAAAAGUGUUCAUCCGUCCCUUUUUUUUGUGCAUAUCUUUAAAUUUUUAUAGUUAUUUUCUCUUUUUUAACUGUUUCGUUUUCAUUCCAAUAUUCUCUCUUUCAGUGUGUAUAUGAACAGAGGUUCAUAUUUUUUUUUUUGCUCAGAUGUGAAUUUCCUUUUGAGAACAUAAUGCAUUUGAAGUAAUUUAUUAAUAAUCCGAAAUAUCCCUUAUUAUAUAAUAGUUUUUUUUAUUUCUGAACAAAAUUAUUCUUGUCUGUUUUUAUAAAAUAUCUUUUAAGCUUUAAGAGUUCUUUUACGUCUCUUUUCUUGUUAUAGUUUUAUUUAGUAAGAAAAGAAUAAUAAUAUUUUUCAGUAAUAAAUAAUACUAACUUGGAUAAUGCCAAAACAAUUGAAGUAAAGUACAUUGGUGGUCAAGUAGGAGAAUACAAAAACAUUCUAAAAAUACAAAAAUACAAAACUGAUAUUAUUAGAAUUGCUUAAUGUCGAUACUCUCAAAAAAAGCAGCUAUGGAUCCCUUAUCAAUAAGUAAAAAUACAGUUUGUAUAAUCAAAGAUUAAGUAAAUUGCAUAUGAGCGUUACUCGCUUGAGGAUAGGUAUGCACUGUAAAAACAGCAGAACUGUAAACCUGAUACAUUUGAUAAUCGAAACUGAUCAUAACUGUCAGAAAAAAAAUAUAUAUAAAAGCAAAGUUUCUGAUUUUUUCAAGGCCUGAAAUAAGAAAAAAGUUCCAUUUAAAUUAUGUCUUUGAAUUUUAGUUUGGUUUCUAAUACAUCGAUAUUUUUUGUUUAACAAAAUCUUAUUUUAUUUCGUAUCGCAAAAAUCUAAAACCUUUCUCAGGCCGAAAGUUCAACUUGAAAACGCUUAAAAAAGACUUAGAACCUACUAGAGUAUGAAGUAUCUGUAUUAAAAAGUUGAGCUCUACUGGACCAUUUUUUCGUGGGGUCGUGUCAUGUGACCUAAAAGUAACAUUAGAUAGGUCACUUCUUCCGGGGCAUUUAUGACCACUGACGACUGAAUGCACUGGAAAGGAGAGAAAAUUUUAUGAAUCUAAAAGACUGAUGUUUUCAACCUCUUUAGAAAAAUUUAAAGGAUUCAUAACUUUUUCAAAAAAAAGUCCAUGGAAUGCUGAAGAUGGACUCAUUUUGUAACCCAGACUUUCCUUCACAUUUGGCUAUGUAUAACUUACAAGUGAACAUUUUGUCAAAAAUAAGGGGAUGCCCUUAACUGUAACAGUUUUUAACUGCAGUAGUUUUAACUAUAGCAGUUUUGCUGCUUAACUGCAACUGGCGCAUACCUACUUGAGAAAUAGUAAAAUUAUUAAUAGUAUACACGAACAAUGCAUAACAGUCGCUAAUAGUACUAUGAAAAUGAUUUAUGUAUUUGACAUUUUACUAUCAUUUUUCUUAAAUAAAACGUGUUGAUUUCUUCUAAAUCGGAAAGAAAGAGAGAAUAGGAUUUCUGAUUGUUGUGAGUACGAAAGUUCUUCUUUAAGAAUGCUUAUCGCUUUUCGAAAAAUUUUUAUUUUUUCCCACACACACCUGACUGUAUUCCUGGCUUCAUUUUGCACCCUGCGACAUUGACAAGUCGUGAACAACUCAAUAUUUUGGGUCGAAAUUUUUAUCCGAGUCUUUUGAUAGUGUCUCAUUCACAAAAAUUUUGUGUAAAUUGGUUGCACAGUGUAGAAAACAUUUUCUGAGAAAAGGUUCAUCUUAAAGAAGAAUUUUUGUACUUGCAACAAUCAUAAACGGUACUCUCUCUACUCCUUUUCCUGAUUUACAAGGAAUGAAUACAUUUUGUUUGAGAAAAAUGAUAACAAAACAUCAAAUAUAUAAAUCAUUUUUACAGUACCAUUAGCGAUUGUAAUGUUAAACAAAGUUGUUCCUUUUGUUUGUCAGGAAACAAUCUAAUCAGUGUCUAAUAACAAGAUUCUAAAAAACUUUUCUUUCUCUUGCUCUACUGGUAGAUGAAGUUUUCUUAGUUCUAAUCAUUUUCAUAUAUUUCAUGGCUUCAUACAAAUCUGAAGAUUGUUCGUUCAAAUUUUACAAUGAAUAGUUCCGAUUUUUUUAUUUUGUCUCAAAUAAUCUCACUGCUGUUCCGCUUAGUCAAUUUUUCACCCUUUGCACAGCAUACUGGACCUUUAGUUUGAACAUGUCUUUUUCUCAAAUUCAUAUUAGAUGUAUUAUCCUCACUGUCCUUUGGUUACUAGCAGUAAAAGUUUUAAGAUGGAAGAAGUAAAACGUUUGAUUACUUCCUGAUGUAAGAUAUAGAGAUCAAGACUCUCAAAGAUACAUCUAAAAUAUUCUUUCUCGAUUAUACUCAAGUGUUCGAAUAAAACUGGUGUUUCGCAUUUCAAAGGGGAUUUACUUACGAGGGACCUUUUCCAACUGUCUAAUCACUUUCUGGUCGAGACCUAAUGGAUUAUAGGUUAUCACCCACGCUGAUUCCGAAUAUCCAUAUGAGACGAGCCGCCAGGCCUUACUAGAGCGGUUUUCUGCAAAAUUGGUUUUCCAAAAACCUCGAAAAGCCCCUAAAAUUUUCUCUUAACAGAUCAUGAUUGUAGCCCACAAAAUUCUGAUUAAAAUGAGACAUCUCCCACUUCUACAGGACCUUUCUUUGCAAAGUUAUAGAAUUUACAAGAAAAGCUCUAAAUGUUCAUUGUCAGCUCAAAGCUACAGAAAUAAGAAAUUAAUUUAGGGCUUUUCUUGUAAAUUCUAUAACUUUGCAAAGAAAGGUCCUGUAGAAGUGGGAGAUGUCUCAUUUUAAUCAGAAUUUUGUGGGCUACAAUCAUGAUCUGUU